AUGGUCGCCAUCAAGACUUUGUGGACUGCCGUCCUGCUCGCUGGUGUGGCUCUCGUUGAGUCCAAGGCAUGCAAGAAGCCUCUCAUCCGAAGAGAAUGGCGCUCGCUUAGUCUCAAGGAGAGGGAUCUCUACAUCAAGGCCCAAAAGUGUCUCAUGAAGAAGCCCAGCGAAUCAUCACCCUCCGACAUCCCCGGUGCCAGGAAUCGCUGGGAUGACUUUCUAGGAACACACAUCAUCAGUGCAGACGAUGUGCACUUCGUCGGCGUCUUCUACCCUUACCACCGCCUUCUAAUGCACGCCUACGAGCAAGAGCUCCAAAAGUGCGGCUGGAAAGGCGGCGUUCCAUACUGGGACUGGACUCUUGACGCCGCAGGUCCAGACAACGAUACAUCAGUCUUUUACGACUCCCCCAUCUUUGACAACAAGCAUGGAUUCGGUGGGAAUGGAGCCUGGGUCCCUGGAAACUUCUCCAACCCUGAGCCAGGUCUGCCUGUUAACCCUCCCUGGGAUGUUCCUGAUCGUUCUGGUGGAGGCUGUAUCAAGAAGGGUCCUUUUGCUGGGCUGAAGUCUAACCUUGGUCCUGGAAAUGGUACGGCGUAUAAUCCUAACUGUAUCCGUCGUGAUUUUGCGCCGUUGUCUUUUAGGGAUAUGUCUGGGCCGGAUGCUAUCAAGGAUGGAAUGAGUCAGCCUGAUUUUGGAUUCUUUGAUCUUGUUACGGAGAGUACUUUCCACUCUGGUGGUCACUGGGGUGUUGGCGGUUUGUACGGUACCAUGACUGACAAGUGGCAAAGUCCUGCCGAUCCUCUCUUCUGGGUUCACCACGCCAACGUUGACCGCGCUUGGUGGUCAUGGCAACUUCGCGAUCUGAAGAAGCGCGAGAAGGAUGUCUCUGGUCCUCUUGUGAACUUUGAUUAUGGGAACCAAGCUGCUGGCAAUGUCACCCUGGAUCAUCCUAUUACCAUCUUUGAGACUCGUCAGUUGAAGGCUAAGGUUAAGGAUGUCAUGCAUAUCCAGAAGGGAGUUCUGUGCUACGACUAUGAAGAUACCUACUAA